AUGGUUGACUCAGUCUCAUCGCAGUUGCCUCAUAGGACAACUUACAAUUUGCCGAAACCGAAACCAGCAUAUUAUCCACAUCCAGGAUCACCGUUGUAUGCAGACAAGCCAUUCUAUGAUUCCAUAGCCAGAGCUCCCAAAACGCUAGUCAACAAGUACAGAUGUGAACCACGCACAGGAAUUGCGGUCAAGAUCCCUGCAAGAUCCGUAUUCAGAAUUACCACGCCUGAUGGUCCCCAAGUGUGUGAUUUAAACAUUUGGAACUCCCACAAUUUCAAAGAACGGUUUUGGGCUGCUCGUACUAGACAAUUACACUCGGCUCAUGUUUCCACUUAUGAUCGGUUAUGGUCCAACUUGCCCUACUUGCGUCCGUUGGUCACCAUCACUGGCGACACCAUGUCGGCGAGACAUGAUGAAUGGGGUGGCAGAGUUCACGAUACUUUGGGUACACGAUGCGACCCCUAUGUCGAUAAAUUGAUUAGUGGAGAGGAUAAUGAUAAUCAUUGCCAUUCAAACUUGUACCGUGCUAUAAAACCUUAUGGGUUGACUGAAUUCGAUGUCCAUGAUGUCCUCAAUGUGUUUCAAGUUACUGGAUUGAAUGAAUACGAUCAGUAUUUCAUGGAAGCAUGUCCUGCUGGCAGCCAAGAUUAUUUUGAAUUGUUUGCCGAAUUGGAUUUACUCGUGGCCAUAAGUGCUUGUCCUGGUGGUGAUUUGUCACAAUGGGGGUGGGGUGAAACUCAAGGUGAUUUAACUGGUCUGAAAAUGGUGGAUUGUUGUCGUGCUCUUGAAAUUGAGGUUUACAAGUUGGAUGACGAGAAUGCGGUGUUGCAGAAUUGGAAACCACCUCAAGUUGUCAAUUACACAGGUAAUCAUGGAUUGAAAAAGGAGUAA